AAGCAGCCGAGAUAGCGGACGUCCCAGCGCCGUUUCUCAGUCGUGUUCUCGCCACCAUGGCGCAUGGAAGGGGGCCGGCGUGCACGGUGCUGUUCCUCCUGUUCGUUGGUUCAGUUAAAUCUCUCUCCGAGGCCGACCUCUUUCCGUAUGGGGUCAACCAGGACCAAAGUCUUCCACGAGAAAAUGACAUCAGCUCAGCCGAGGUCCAACUAAGCACUCCCAUCACCUUUUACGGCACCGAAUACUCCACGCUCUACGUCAACGACAACGGGAUCGUGUCGUUCCUGACCGAGGUGCCGAGCUUCUUCAGCGCCCCCUUCCCGCUGACGUACCCGAUCAUGGCGCCGCUUUACUCGGACGUGGACACCCGCAGCGCGGGCCGUGUCUUCUACCGCGAGACGCAGGAGCCCUCGCUGCUGGCGCGCUUCGAGCAGCUGGUCGGCACGAACUUCGCGGCCGGCGCGUCGUUCCGCGCGCGUAGCCUGUUCGUGGCCACGUGGGACGGCGUGGGCCACUACGAGCGCAAGGCGGACCGGCGCAACACCUUCCAGCUGGUCGUCGGCUCCGAGCCCGGGCGGGCGUACGCGUUGCUCCUGUACCCCCAUGCGGGCGUCCAGUGGGUGCUGGCGGACCCCAAGAGCCCCGGGCAUCCGGACGCCAAGGCGCAGGCCGGGUUCAUGGCCGGCGACGGCCGCCGCUUCACCGCGCUCCGGGGAUCCGGCACGGACCACGUGGUCAACCUGGACAAGAUGAGCAACACGGCCGUGCCGGGCCAGUGGCUGUACCACAUCUCGGGCAGCGAAGUGGUCGGUCCCGACCUGGUCAACGCCGAAAUACUCAGCGGGGGAGCCACCUGCAUGGCAGCCCGAGAGCCCUGCCCCCCGUCCACCGUCUGCCGCGACUACGACACCGGCUUCUGCUGCCACUGCGACCGCGGAUUCUUCGGCAACGGAAAGAACUGCAUCGCCGACGGCUCGCCGCAGCGCGUGACGGGCAAGCUGGCGGGCUCGCUGAACGACGCGCCCAUCGUCGGAGAGGUGGACUUCCACUCGUACGUGGACACUACCAACGGGCGCACGUACACAGCGCUGAGCCGGGUAUCGCCACCGUCGCUGGGCAGCGACCUGCGAGCGCUGCUCGUGUUGGGCGACGUCGUCGGCUGGCUGUUCGCGCUGCCGCAGGGGGACCGCGCGCGCAGCGGAUUCGUCCUCACCGGCGGCGAGUGCAACCUGACCUCGGAAGUGCGCUUCAAGCAGACGGGCCACCACGUGACCAUCCGCGGCCAGUUCCAGGGCUUCGACGUGUUCAACAUGAUGCAGGUGCGCAUGGAGGUGCGCGGAAGCCUUCCCUCGGUGGCCCAAGGCAGGGGCGUCACCGUCGAGGACUUCACGCAGGACUACAACCUCCUCAGUCCGGGCCUGGUCCAGUCGCACCUGUCGCACUCGUUCCAGCUGGAGGGCAGCUCUCUGCCCAUCGAGUACACGGUGGACACGAUCGUGUCGUUCGUCCAGUGUCCGCACAUACCUCCGGGGGCGGGGCAGCAACGCGUGCACGUCUCGCGCAACUUCAUUGACUUCGCCGACAAGGACGGCAUCGUCCGCUACGCGCAGACCACCAAGGUCACCGCUGUCGACGGUAGCGACCCGUGCCAGGGAGUCGAGUGCGGCGAGCACAGCCGCUGCGUGCCGGACGGCGCCGAGAAGCGGUGCCAGUGCGACGCCGGCUACGAGACGCUCACGCUGCCGCAGCGGGCGUCGGCCGCCUGCGUGGACGUGGACGAGUGCCAGAGCGGCCGCCACAACUGCCACGUGCACGCCGAGUGCGCCAACAUGGACGGGGGCUUCGCCUGCCGGUGCCGGCCGGGUUACACGGGCGACGGCGUCAGCUGUCAGCGGCUGGAAGCGCCGACGUGCGCCUCCCUGCGCUGCGAUCCGGCGGCCGAGUGCGUGCAGCCGAGCCCCCGCCACCCUCCGCAGUGCCGCUGCCCGGUCGGCUACACGGGAGACGGCAGCACGUGCGUGCCUGCCGCCACCGACUGCCGACAGAGGCCGCUCAUGUGCGACGAGCACGCGCAGUGCCAGUACGACGCCCCGACCAGGACGUACGGAUGCAAGUGCCGCACGGGCUGGCGAGGCGACGGCAGCUUCUGCGCCCAGGAGUCGUGCCUCGAGGCCAACGACUGCCACUCGGACGCCCAGUGCACCUACGACAUGCAGAUGGACUCGUACUACUGCGCCUGCAACCCGGGCUUCUCGGGCGACGGCUACGUGUGCUACCCGCACGGCGGGGCCCAGAGGCCCGGCUGCAACGUGGUGGCCGACUGCCACCCGCACGCCCAGUGCGUCUACAACGCCUCCGCGGGGCAGCACCAGUGCCGCUGCAUGCCGGGUUACCGCGGCGACGGCUACCAGUGCGUGCACAGCCGAGAGUCCGGCUGCGAGACGUCCGGCGACUGCGCCCCCGUCGGCGGCGCGUGCGUGGCGACGGCGGACGGCCGCCGCGAGUGCCGCUGCCUCGAGGGCUUCGAGGGCGACGGGCGACGCUGCCAGCCGCUGGACGAGUGCUCGACGGCCGACCAGUGCGACGCGAACGCCCAGUGCGCGUACGAUGGGCAGCGCUACCGAUGCGUCUGCGCCCACGGCUACCGAGGCGACGGCCGGACGUGCAGGCCGCCGGUCGACCUGCCGUGCGACUGCGGCCCGAACGCGCGAUGCGUGUUCGACCCUUCGACGCAGUCGCAGCGCUGCGUCUGCGUGCCCGGAACGGAAGGCGACGGCUACGUGUGCCGUCCGACGGUAGAGCGGCCGCUGUCGUGCCUGGACGACGCCUCGCUGUGCUCCAGGAACGCCGACUGCGUGGCCGCCGACACGACGGGCCACGUGUGCCAGUGCCAGCCGGGAUUCACUGGCGACGGGCGGACGUGCGCGCCGGCGCCCCGGGCCACGGGAGAGGAGUACUUGCUGUUCGGCCAGGGCAUGUCCAUCCUGCAGAUGCCGCUAGAGCCGAGCAAGAGUAGCCCGGGACGACUACUCCUGAUGGAGCCGCAUCAGACGGUGGUGGGCAUCGCGGCCGACUGCGUCGAGCAUCGCAUCUACUGGACGGACGCCGCGUCAGGCACCGUGAGGCGCGCCUUCUACAAUGGAUCGGAACCCGAGGUGUUCCGAGCGGGACUGCGCUCGCCCGAAGGGGUAGCCAUCGAUUGGGCCUCGCGCAACCUCUUCUGGACGGACUCGGUCGACGACACGGUCGAGGUUGCCUCCCUGGACGGCGCCUACCACCACGUGAUCGUCAACACGGGGCUCGUCAACCCCAGGGGCAUCGCUGUGCACCCGGCGCUCGGGCGCCUGUACUGGAGCGACUGGGACCGUCGCUCGCCGCGCAUCGAGUCGUGCCACAUGGACGGCUCGGGCCGGCUGGUACUGGUGGAGGGCGGCGGCCUCGAGACGCCCAACAUGCUGGCGCUCGACCUGCAGCACAACGACCUGUGCUGGACGGACGCCGGGCGGCGCACCGUCGAGUGCGUCAACCUGAACGGCCUCGGCCGGCGCGUCGUGUACACGCCGGCCCAGUACCCGUUCGGCUUGGCUGUGGCUGCGGGAAAGGUCUACUGGACAGACUGGACAAUCCCGUUCAUCCACGUGGUCGACCGGAACGGCGGCACGGCCGAGCCCCUCAAGCUGCCGCUCGGAGGCAACGGCAAGCUGUACGGCAUCACCGCGGUCUCGGAAAAGUGCCCGCAGCUGACCAAUGCCUGCAGCCACCUGAACGGCAGGUGCCGCCACCUGUGCCUGCCCAGUGGACAGUGGGGACGCACGUGUCACUGCGGCGGCAACAGCACGGCCUGCAACGAAGUCAGCGCCUGAGGCCGUCCCUGAUGCGCGCUGACCGAGCCUCUUAAAAUGAAAACAACCCGUCAUCAUAUUCUUGCUCGAAAAUCUGGGCUGAUGUAUAGUGAAUACUAAAAAAAAUAAGUGCUUGGAGUACGCUGCAUAACUCUUGUUGGUUUAACAGAUGUGGCUGCAGUAAAGAUAAGCGGUGACUCGGUCAAUUAUUAUCUUUCUCAGUGUGAAGGGGGGAGGGGCUUAUCAGCAUUGUACAGACAGGUGUGCAAUUACGCGUAGAAGUUGUACGCUUCGGAAGGCGCCCAACGCACGCGAAAGGCCCGAGAGGCCGAGCAGAGUGCGAGGAAGUAUUCUCAAUUCGUUCGAAGCAGAAACCUCCAGGUGGGCAGCUGUGUCGGUAAUCUUAAUCACCGUAGAACAACAACUUCGCCUUUUAGAGUCCUAGCUGCACUUUUUUCUUACAAUUUUAAUUGCAAAGUUACUCCACUGGCUUCGGCCGUGUUCAAUACGUUCCCCCAUAUCAUCCUAAAGUUCGGGAUAUACAUGUGCGCCUCCGUUUGCCGCUACUUCUGAAAACAUGCCGAAGAGCUUAUCGUUGAGCCAUCUGGAUGCAUCAAAGCUGCCUUUUUCUAGGCAAAAGCACUAUCUUGAAAUUCGAUACCGUUUUAGAAAACCGGAGGGUUUUGCCUUUUCACAUUCCGACCGCUGACUCGCCACCGCAGGAGAUAAUUUAAAGCCACAAUUUAAGGUAUAAUAAGAAAGACGCCUAGAAACAAUCAAAACACGCAAAUUUUUUUUCGAGCAAGUCAUUAUCAUCAUCAUCACUUUGCGCGUUUUCGCAAUAAAUGGAGUGUUCCACGA